AUGCAGCGGGCGUUCUCCCAGCUCGCCAAGGGCAAGACCAAAAAGUUCGUGCUCACGGGUGCCGACGGCAACCUCGGCCGCGUGGCCGCCGACUUCAUGCUCGACAUCGCCAAGCCCGAGGAGCAGGUGGUGAUCACGAGCUACGACCUCAAGACGCUGCCGGCCGAGUCCAUCAAGCGUUGGAAGAGCAAGGGCGCCAUCGGCAUGAAGCGCGUGUUCGACGGCGCGGAGGCUGUGGCGCUCAUCUCAACCUGGCGCUUCGGCAUGGACCGCCGUAUCCAGGCCAAAACCGUGUGCGACGCUGCUAAAGCCGUCGGUGUCAAGCGCGCCUGCUACACGUCCUUUGUUGGGGCCGGCAUCGAGACGAACGUGGAGGAGGAGAUACCGUUCCUGCCGCGCGACCACCACUUCAUUGAGAAGAUCGUCAAAGAGUCUGGUCUCGACUACAACAUCCAACGCAACUGGCUGUACAUGGACAACAUCCCAACGCUGUUUGCACCGUCCUGGAAGUUCUGCGGCGACAAGUGGCUUUCCAACAGCCACGACACCCCUAGAGCUUACGUGGCUCGUGAAGACUGUGGGCGUAUACUGGCCGCCAUUCUGCUCGGACGCGGUGAGCCUAAUAAGGUGUACGACGUCACGGGCCCCGAGCUCGUGCAGCAGAAGGACCUGAUGGAGUGGAUGUGCCAGCAGACCGGCUGCAAGUGCGAGUACGUCGACAUGCCCGACGAGGAGCUGACCCAGUGGUGGCUCGACCGCGGCCUGCCCACGGACAUGGCGACUGGCGACUUCUCCCAGCUCCCUAUGAAGUUCUGCAUUGGCGACGCGAUCUGUUGUGGUGAGAUGCUGGGCAACGGUGCAAUGAUUAACACGUCCGACACGGUGGAAAAGCUCACGGGCCACAAGUCGCUGCACUUCCAGCAGGUGCUGCUCAAGUAUAAGGACCUGUUCCCCAAGCCGGAGUGA